AUGCCAACCACCGCCACCACCACCGGCGAGCGUUCGCGCCCGAUGCCCGCCCGCCUCGCCAGCGAGGAUGGCAGCCACCUCACCGAGACCGAGGACGAGGCCUUCUUCAGCGGCGAAGACGCCGGCGCCCUCACCCAUCCAGAGAGCCACGGCGACGGCCGCCCCAGCCUCGACGAGCAGAGCGACAGCGAAGACGACCGCGACGACGACGAGGACCGCGAUGCAGGCUCUGCGGGCACGGCGGAACCGACUGCCCGACCUGCACCCGCCCUCGCCGCCGCUUCGACCAGGCCCGCUGGCGCCAGUCGCCAGGACGGCAUGGCGAGCACAAACACCCUCACCCGCUCCCGCUCGCGCGCCUACAGCGCUCCGCGCAAGCUGGCGCCCGAGGAGGAAGAGUGGGCCAUCAAGGAGGAAAACAGGCGCCGCAAGGGCGGCGUCUUUGGCAGGCUCAAGCGCCUUGGUAGGGGCAGGAAGAACAGGGACGACGACGACCGCCCCGCGCAGGCGUACGACGCCGAGGCCAUCCUCGGCCGCUCCCACUCGGCCGUCACGGAGCUCAGCGGCAGCGCCAGGGGCAGCGCGCUCGACGCAGACGACACUAUCAGCGAGAGCGGGACGGCGGUGCGUCCCGUCCGACAACAGGCCGUCGAGCGGCCAUCUCCCAUCGCCAGCGAGGACGAGCUGGGCCAGAGCGACGAAGAGAGCGGUCCCCUGACGCCCGACGAGGUGUCCGACCAGCCUCCUCGGAUCGCCACGCCCAUCGCCCUGCGCGAGGCCGAGAACGCGCGCUCGCCCGAGCUCAUCAACCCGUACGUCGUCAGCGGCAGCAGCCCGACGGCGCGCAGGGCCAAGUCGCUCGCCGAGAGCGUCCAGCCGAGCGUGCUGGAUGCCGACGGCGCAUCCACCAUCCCGCCUCCCUCGCCCCUGCUGCCGGCGUCCGGCCCGCUGAGCCACCAGGAUGCCGUCGUGCCGAGCGGCCGUCCCUCGAUGCAGUCGGCCAGGGACCAGGAGAUUGACCAGGAGAACGCAAAGAGGCCCCGUACCGCCAGCUCCUCUUCCAACCUGGCGCUCAAGAGCGCCGCCGGGGGCGCUCUGGGCGGCCUCGCCGCCAUGAUCGGCUUCGAUGCUCUCCGCGAGGACAAGAACGGCGUCAUCAAGGAUUCGGCGUCGCCGUCCCACCCCGUCAUCAGCAGGGACCUUGCGGCCACUUCGGAUCCUCUGGCCGAGCUGGAGCAGUCCGAGUCGCCGAUGCGCGUCAAGAGCGGCGAGGACCUCGUCUCGUCGACGAACAACAUUGCUCCGACCGGCUCCGGCAGCCUGACAGGUGCGGCCGAUCGCGAUGCAUCCGAGCUGCCCUACAUUGUCGACUCGGCCGAGGUCGACCGGGACGUUGAGGGCGAGGCCGGCGCCAAGAAGAAGAAGAAGUCCAAGAAGAGCAAGAAGGCCGCCGCCGCACUCGCCGGUGUGGGCGCCGCGGGUGUCGGCAUCGGAGGCCUCGCUGCGGCCGUCGGCUCUCGCACCCCCAAUGAAGAGGCCGCUCUGGCAGACACCGCGGCGAUCCCGCAAGACGCGGCCACGCCGAAGAAGAAGAAGUCCAAGAGCCGCGCGCUGGGCGAGGCCCCGGUCGGCGCCACUCCGCUGGGCGGCGCCAACGACGACGCCGUCGUUCUGUCCAACAUCCCGGCAUCCGGCGUUGCCGAUCCCGUCGUCGAGGCCGUGCCUGCGGACAGUGUCGAUGGCAGAGCGCAGAGGAAGAAGUCGAAGCGCAGCAAAGAAGCAGCAGCAGCCGCUGCUGGCACCGCCGUUCCUGCGGCUGUCGCGGCGCCCGCCAUCGCAUCUCUGGUGCGCGGCCACGACGCAACCGAGCUCAGCUCGGACGAGGAGUCUUCGCAGGGCACGCUGGCCCAGCCGCCGCCAUUCGAGGCGACGGCCGACAACGAAAAGGCUGGCUACGCGUCGCUCGGCAUGACCGAUGCGGCUGCGCCGGCGGCUGGCGUUGUUCCGGCCGUUGCUGCCGCCAAGCCGUCGCGCAAGGCGUCGAAGCGGGCCAAGGGCAGCCGCCCGGUCGAGAAGCUGCCCAUCGUGGUCGACGAGGACGAGCAGUCUUCGACCCGGCUCGCGGCCGUCCCGGCGCGCAAGCGCAACUUCCUCCUGACGCCGAGCAUCGCCCCGAGCGUGGCGGAUCCGCUGGACAGCGGCAUGCGGGCGCGCAGCAUCCGGUCCUACAUGAACAAGGGCGACUGGCUCGUCAAGAGCCUCUCGCCCCAGCAGACCCACUACUUCCUGCGCGAGCUGGCGCGGCGCGAGCUGCACUGGGAGCUCGACCGCGCCUGGCUGCUGACGAGCUUCGAGAAGCCGACGCGCGAGCGGAUGCGGAUGCGGCGGCAGCUGACCGACUACGAGGACGACUCGCGCAUCAACGACUUUGACGACUCGUCCGACGAGGACCUGCUCGCCAUGGAGACCGACGAGGACGAGGAGGCCGUCUUCCGCAAGCAGCCUGAGCAGCUCGCCCUGUCGACGCCCGACCUGCCGCUUCUCCGCUUCCUCUUCAAGAACGCCUUUGCCACCUUCCCGCUCUUUGUGGCGCCCGAGGACAAGUUGCGCAGCUACGGCUCCACUCCGCCGGACAAGGCCACCAUCGCGCGCUCCUACUUUGUCACGGGCGUGCUGCCGCUCUUGCGCGCCAUCCAGAGCCGCUCGCUCAGCCAGCCCGUCGACCGCCACGGCGAGGGCGACGGCACCCCCUUUAGUGCCUGCUCGACCACCGGCGCCAUCCGCCGGCUCCUGAUCAAAUGGGCCUCCAAGUACGUCACCGCUGUUCUGCGCGUCGGGCCGGGCGACCCGUACUUUGGCGACGAGGAGCCGCUCAGCAAGGACUCGUGGCCCUGGCCCGCGUCCAACCUGCUGCCGCCCGAGGCCUACUACGCCUACCGCAAGCCGCUGGACCGCCUCAGGUACGGCGGCUACGAGGUCGACGUGGUCGGCGUCCGGCGCCACAGCCCCACAGAGCGCGACUACAUCCUGCGCAUCCGGAGGCCCAACCGGCUCGACGAGUACGUCGUGAGAAACGAUGCCGACUUUGCCGAGUUCCAGCGCAACCUCGACAAGGAGCUCGGCGACCACUCCUUUGUCCGCCCGCUGCCCAAGACUGGCGGGCGCCCCAACGAGGACAGCGACUACGAGGACGACAGCCCCUACUCGUCGCUGCGCAGCUCCAAGCUCAACCACGCCGGCGUCGGCACGGUCCAGCCGGACCGGGCCAGGGCCAGCCGCAGCAACUCGCUCAUCCGCCGCAAGCCGUCCAAGGCCGGACGCGCGCUCGCCGCCGAAGACGGACAGCGCAGCAGGGGCCGCAGGUACAGCAGCGGCGUGCAGAAUGGGCGUCCCGUCCUGGGCCGCCGCGGCGGAGGCGCCGACGACUACGACGACGAUGUCUUCGACAGCGAAGACGAGGGCCUUGCGCGCCAGGGCAGCCGCCGUCGCCCCCUUCCGCGCGAUUUCCGCGCCGGGCGCGCCGGUCGCGACUCCGUCUAUGGCGACGAAGACGUUGCCGACGACCGUUCCGAUGCUCCUCCGCCCAACCGCCGGUACGAGCGCCGUGGCGGCGGCAGGGAGGCCGCGCUGACCGACGACGACUACGACGACGAUGACAUCACCGAGUCUGGUCGCGGCGGCGGCACCCCUCGUGCCAGCAAGUCGAAGAAGUCGCGGCUGCCCUUUGGCCUCGGAUCGCUUUCGAAUCGCGGCGGCGCCCCUGCCGCCCCCGCCGGCGACACGCUCGACUCUCGACGCCGAGGCAUCAGCCGCAACCUUCCCGGCGCCAACGACAGUCGCGGCUCGGUCGCCUUCCGCGACGGGCCUCCCACGUACGACGCCGCCCCGCCGCGCAAGUCGACGGCGGGACCGACGCCGAUGGACUUUGAGGCGCGCCGCAACAAGCUGCGCAGCUGGCUCAGGGACACGCUUGCUAUCCGCGAGGCGGGCCAUGCCCUCGAGACGCAGGAUUUCACCUCGAUCGCCGCAUUCCCCGAAAAGGCGCUGCGCCGGGCCGACCUGCUCGACAUGGACGACCGGAUCCGCGAGGACAAGCACCGGCGCCGCGAGCACGAGCGCGACGCCGCCGAGGCCGGCGACGACGUGCACGACCUGCGCGCGGUGCGCAACGACCUGUGGGCCGAGUGCGUCGAGGGCGACGGCCUGCUCAAGGUCUACGACACCAUGGUCGAGACGCCCGAGUAUGCGCGCCUGCCGCUCGCCUACCAGCAGAUGACGUCGUGGGGCAACCUGCAGGUGGCGCGCUUCCUCUACGGCACCUUUGUGGCGGGCGACGAGUCGCGCGCCAACCUGGCGCGGCUGCAGGACGUCUACGAGUCGAUCCCGUGGAAGCGGCUGUCGCUGGCCAUGAAGUCGCCCGUGUCGCAGAUGAUCCGGUCGUGGCAGGACAACCUGCUGCGCAAGGGCUUCCUCCAGGCCAUGCUGCACGUCAUGCUCGAGGACGAGCCCGAGACGAUCGACGAGGACCUGGCCGAGCUGCGCCGCUCGAUUGGCUCCGACGUCAUGUUCCGCAAGCUGCGCAUGUUUGUCGAGAGCCCCGACGACCUCAAGCGCCUCAUCCGCCAGCACGCCGAGCGCGCCGAGAUCCCGCUCGUCGCCGCCAUUGUGCGCGGCUCGGAGCAGCCCAAGCUCAACAAGGCCGAGGUGCAGCGCGUCAUGGACGCCACCGAGGCCUACCAGGGCUUUAUGCGGACGCAGCCCUCGGUCGUCAAGAAGAACGCGCACAAGGAGCCGGGCUACCUCCUGAUCCGCGACCUGCAGCGCGCGCUGCGCCUCUUUUCGCUGCAGCGCGACGGCGCCCAGGUCCGCGGCAUGCUCCAGGACCCGGCGAUUGCCGAUGCGCUCGGCGCCGUGUUUGAGCCGCUGCUCGAGGAGCUGCGGCGCAUGCACCGCGUCAAGGGCAUGGGCGGCUCCAUCAUCGCCCUCGAGCGAUUCCUGGGCAGGCUCAUCGACCACCUCUCUGGCCUGCGCGCCCGCGUCCAGGACCCGGCCAGGUCGGUGCACAGCCUGGCCGAGAUGCUCGACGGCGCCGCACCGAGCUGGUACGCCUUCCUGCACCGCUGGAACGAGGCGUCGCCCACCGUCUUCAGCUUCUUUGCCUGGUUCCGCCACCUCGCCAUGACGGUGGGCGCAGGCUCGACGGACCUCGCCGAGAUCUGGACCGACCCGCCGUGCGCGCCCGUGUCGUCCGGCGGCGGCGACGGCGGCGUCGGCUACGGCCGGCGCAAGCGCAACCGCCAGAUGGAGGUCGCCAGCCGGUGGGUGGCGGGCGAGACCGAGGAGCACCACUCGGUCCAGGUCCAGGGCGACGGCACGGGCAAGACGCGCUCCGAGCCUUACCUCCCCAAGGAGCCGCGCCCCGCCCGGCCGGCUCCCGGCCUCGACCGGUUCCGCAAGAGCUUCCGCGAGGCCGUCUCCCAGGCCCUUGCCAGGUGA